UCGAGGCGAGCGCGCUUGGAGGGCCCGAGCCCGCCUGGGAGCCCGGGGAACCCUGCGCGGCCAGCGGAGCGCUUUGGGCGUCGGCGGCGCGGCAUGGCUCCGGUCGCGGACCGCGAGGGCUACUGGGGCCGCACGACCUCCACGCUGGACUGGUGCGAGGAGAACUACGCGGUGACCUGGUACAUCGCCGAGUUCUGGAAUACAGUGAGUAACCUGAUUAUGAUUAUACCUCCAAUUUUUGGUGCGAUUCAAAGUGUUAGAGAUGGACUGGAAAAGCGGUACAUCGCUUCUUAUUUAGCACUCACAGUGGUAGGCAUGGGAUCCUGGUGCUUCCACAUGACUCUGAAAUAUGAAAUGCAGCUGUUGGAUGAACUCCCAAUGAUUUACAGCUGUUGUGUAUUUGUGUACUGCAUGUUUGAAUGUUUCAAGAUCAAGAACUCAGUAAAUUACCACCUGCUUUUUACCUUAGUUCUAUUCAGUUUAAUAGUAACCACAGUUUACCUUAAGGUAAAGGAGCCUGUAUUCCAUCAGGUCAUGUAUGGAAUGCUGGUCUUCACAUUAGUACUUCGAUCUAUUUAUAUUGUUACGUGGGUUUAUCCAUGGCUUAGAGGACUGGGUUAUACAUCCUUGGGUAUAUUUUUACUGGGAUUUUUAUUAUGGAACAUAGAUAACAUCUUUUGUGAUUCACUAAGGGACUUUCGAAAGAAGGCACCACCUAUUAUAGGUGUUACCACCCAGUUUCACGCAUGGUGGCAUAUUUUAACUGGCCUUGGUUCUUACCUUCACAUCCUUUUCAGUGUAUAUACAAGAACACUUUACCUGAGAUGCAGGCCAAAAGUGAAGUUUCUCUUCGGAAUCUGGCCCGUGAUCCUGUUGGAGCCUCUCAGGAAGCACAGAUAAAUGAUUCCACCAAGAAAACAACAACAAAAAUACCUGCCAUAGGCCUAGUCAAAGGAAUAAGGAGAUCCUUCAAGAUCUACAUGUUCAACUGCAUCAUGACCAUCACAGCCGAGGGUGACUCUGACUGAUGCUGCCAGCCACGCGGAGAAUGAGGGGUGGGGCGCAUUGGAUGUUCAGCUUAUGUCGUUACCUCCUCCUCACCCUCACCCUCACCCUGAGAUGUUAAAAAGAAACAGACAUGAUAAGUCUAUGUAUACUUGAAUGCUAGAAAAAGUGGGCUUUUCUUAACAGGUUAACAGUUUGUGCUGAUCAUAGCAAAUUUACCAUUUCCUCCUUUUGUGACAAGGGUUGCAUGUGAAUUAUACUUUCUUAAUAUUUGGUUAAAUAACAGAAUCACUAUACUGGCAACACCCCAUCUCCAGAAGACCAGCUAUGACCUAGCACUUAGCAGUGUCAGCCUUGAUUUGUAUUUUUGUCCAAGUAACCUCAUGACAGUUGGUUUUCCAAGGUUUCUGUUUAGUUUUGUUUAAAGAGCUAUCAGUGGGAUUCUGGUAGUUUUUCACUGUCUGCCUCUGUGCUAAUCAGAGGGUGUCAUAAGCAAGCUCAGACCUGCCACUGGGUUGGGUUGUCACACCCCAGCUCUGGCUUGUCUGGGUGUGUCCAAAGCCAGUCAGAGCAGGAGGGUCAUCUUGCAGCCUUUAUGAAGGCCAUGAGGACACCUGUGCAGAGUGUUGUAUCUGCAGACCGUUAGAGGUGGUUGUUCUGUUGCCUUUGAUCUUGGCAGAUCUUCAAGUCGUUACUUUAUGGCUAGGCAAACAUGGUCUGGUCUACCCAUAUUCCAUCCUCCUGGCAUAACUUAUUUGAAGUUACCAGUGAAUAUCAUUAUACUCUGACAUUUUAAAUUAUGCAGUAUUUUCCAUUUUCAUAGAAAAUGUGUUGGGUUAACUAGAGCUAAAUGAUCAGGAUCCUAUUUACAUAAAACUUAUUAUUUAGAAUAUCUGCUCCUUCAUUUUUCUGAAGGAAAUAGAUUUAAGAGUUGGGAACAGCUCUCACUUACUUGAACUUGUAACAGAACUCCCAAAAGUUAAAGUGCUGAAAAAUGGCAGUGAAAUCUCACUGUAAGGCAGCUAGUGCUAAUUUGGAUUCAAAUGUAUAACAAAUUGUAUCACUUUUAACACCUGUCCAGGUUUAAAAAUUUCAUUUGACCCCUUUGCUCAUAUAUUACCAUAUUUGUAGCUCUACACCAUUAGCAUUUUUAUGACUGUUCUUAUACAUUAUUAUAAACUUCAGAUCAUUACUACGAGCUUCAAAAGGAAGCUCAUUUUUUUCUUACGCAAAGAUAUUAAACACUUCCGUCACUUCCCCAGUAUUUAGUAAGUAGCCUUAGUACAAAUUUAAAACCAAUACAAAUGUUGUUCAUUUUUCACCUACUUGCCUUAGUUUUAGUCCAAAUAGUAUUUUCCUUACCUAGCAUGCUAACGUGCCGUUAGGCGGAUACUUCCGCCCACUUUUAUGAUCCUCCAGAUAGAAAAGCACUUGCCAAAACAUAAAUAUAAAAAAGAACUGUGGUCGUGCCUUAGGAAAACAUGAAACUAAACAGUUGCAACACACAGCCCAGGAGAUUGUUCUUUCUUUUACCACGAGAUUCUGACUUCUGGCUGCAUUUCAGGUGCAGUUACCCAGGCUGUCCGCCAUCUUACAUUUUUUAGUGAGUUCCAUUUGUUUCUCACCAUUGUCUUCUGUGCUUUUUACUCAAGAUAUACUUCUGCUUAAAGAAUCUAUGUAUAGAAACAGGCACAUCCCUAAUGAUAAUGCUGCUAAACACUGGGCAACUGAGACUCUACAGUAUUAAAGUCAGAGUGAGUGAGUGGGAGCACACCCUGGCAGCGGCCCCAGCCGCUGCUUGUUGAAUGAAGCCCUCCCGCACUGCAUGGGAGAAGUUCGGGGGCCACUGGGUGACUUGUAACAUUGUGGCCGAUUUUUCAAAGACCUUUGUUUCCAUCAGGAAAACAGGCAACAUCAAACUAUUUUACAAGUGUUGGGCAAAAGGCAGAGACUAAAUCUGGUCUCUUUCAUUUUCCAAGUUCUUGCCCCACGUGGCUCACUUUUUGGCAACCUAAGUAUUAGCAUUCUUAAGACUUUGUAUCUGUGCCACAACAAGUAUUUUGGAAAUACUGCUACCCUUUGGGACAUCGCUAAAUCGCCUUUAUUUCAAUGGUUUUGCUUUUUCCUUCUAGGAUUCUGGGUGGGCACUGUAGGGUUGGAUUACUUCCCCUCUCCCUUCCCUUUAUUUUCUUGGAAGACUUCCUGUUAACUAGAAUAUACAAAAAAAAAGACAACAAACAAAAAUCUGCUUCCUCUAAGCAAAUAAUGGUUUGUUUGCACAUCACCCGGUGUGAAAGGUGCUCAUCUGUGAGCCCUAUGACAAAUUAUAUUUUAGAAAACAUUAAUCCUUUAUGAGGACAUGAAAGAGGUAGUUUGCUUGCACAUUUUAAUAACCUUCCUGUGCUGCCAUUUUCACUCCAGAAAAAUUAAAAACCAUUGGCCUUUUUUUUAAAGGAAAAACUAGGUGAAAGGUGGUUGUGUUAAUCAGAUUGGUCAUUCUGUCCACUCCCCACCGUGGUACUUCCGUGAAACACUGCCACCACCUGAAGCCAUCUCUUUGGUCCUUGUGAUAAAUUGAUCGUUAAUGGAGAAAAAUCCAUUUUUGAAUUGUCUACAAACAAGAGAUCCAAAUAGUAGUAUGUGGUUUAGCAGAAUUCAAUCAAAUAUUAUGGUCAAACUCUACUGCAGAGUUUCCAGGACUGGUAAUCUGGGCUGUCCUUGCACUGAGAGGGUUUUUCUUAUACUAAGAAGAGGGAGGAGUCAGAGCAAAUCAAGAGACAAAAAAUUUCAGGUACACAAUGCAUGAAAGUUUUUAAAUACCUGCAAAAAGUUCCAUUUUAAUGCAAACACUCUCUGAAUUUAGCCAAUGUCCCUAAAAGUGUUUAAUAAUUUAAGGGUUUUUUAUACAUUUUAUGGGUUCCAUGUUACUUUAUUCUUGAAAAAAUCAUUUGUUGCUAAGUGUAGAGUUUUAGCUCUCAAUUCCACAUUUACAUGACAGAAGAAAUCCUCUUACCCCUGUGGUUUAUGAUGCGCUACUGGGGGAACAGUCGUGUGAGACGGGAAUUUCAGUGAGGAGUUAUCACUGGAAUUCGCAGCUGUGUGGUGAUUUGCGGAUCUGUAUCUAUCUACAUUUUACAUCAUAUCAGCGCCAUAGUAUAAUUAGUUUGAUAACUUUGUCCUGUUUUAGUGUCAAAAAUUACAGCUUGUUCUCUGCUGUAAAUGUUUGGAAAUAAUGACUAAAAUUUGGCUAACAGUAGUUAAACCCCUCUGGGGGAGCUAUAAAAUGAAAAAGAAAAAGAAUGGUCAUGACCCAUCCACCUGGAGAAAUUCAGUGCUGUUUAUUUAAACUGCUGCACUUCCUUCAGGAAUAAGGAAACUUGUUAAUUUUAAUGUCCAACUGUAGUAGCUGGGCGGGAAUAAGCUGUCAGUAUUGCAGAGGUUUGUGUGAGCAUGCUGCUGGACUUAAUUUCUCCUGUUGGAGAGGGAGAAUCUUUCCUGUCCUCUUAGAUUCAGUAGUUGGGGGCCUGGCAAAUGACAGGUUAGCAAGGGAGAAGGCAGACUUUUCACACAUAGUCACAUAUCUACACGGGAGUUCAGAGAAAAAUGUGCCUCAAGGAGGAAGAAGUUGGGGCUUAAUAAGGAGAAGGACAGGGACAGAGGGCACUUACGGGAAAACAAAUGACUUUUAGGAGAGAUAACGGGGCCUUAGGAGAACACGUGGGAGAGAUGGCAGUUUCGUGACUGUCCGUUCGGGUGUGGUCCGGAACUCCCGGGGGAGAGGAUUUCCGACAGUUGAGUUCUUCGGGCACAUAGAAGGACUUCAGGGAAAAGAAAGGCCUCUUCCUGCAUCUGCUCAUUCCCAGGUGCCUUCAGCUCAAAAUGACUCUUUGCCACAGUGGUGUAUUCUGCACCCCUUUUCUUCCCAUCUAAACUUCCCAGAGAGUUUAACCAAAAGCUGAGUUGGUGGCUGUGGAGAGAUGUGCGUUACAAGCUGGGAUGCAAAAGACCUGCAAAAGAAAAGACUUGGACUUACACAGAAACAAAAGGGAAAACAAAACUGAAUUGUUGGAGCAGAUUAUAAACUCAGUCUUUGAGUCCAGAGGGCAGCCACAAGGAUCUCCAGAUGGUCCUGAAGUGCCUUGAGGUGGCGGAGUGAGGACGGAAGUGGCAGUCUCCAUCAUGGUUGUUUCCUGGAGCUCAAAGACCCAUGUUCUGGUGAACUUCCUGAGAGUCACGAACUGUCGUAGUGAUAGAUCCUUUCAAGUUACAGCAGGUCUUGCAGCCUCAGCUUGCGAGGCUUCAGGAAAAGGGCAGUUUUAGUUCUUAGUGAUACCAAGUCAGGAGUGGGAGAAAAUUGGAAAUGUUCAUUACUGAAAAAAUGCACAGGAUGGCAGGAUCCAGCUUACAAACAGGUGAAAUAAAAUAGCUCAAAGAGAAUGAACCGGACUAGAAUCUAGUUUUCCAAGGAAACAAAAUUUUUCUCUACUCACCCUCAUUUUUAUCAAAGACAAUCAGGGUAAGACUGUUUUUGUUUGCAAAACAAAUGCAGUCUCAUCAAACUUAGCCUGAUAGGUUAAGUGCAACAAAAGUAAUAAUUGAUGACAUAGGCCUUUUCAACUUUGUUUGGCUGGGACUUUUACCAGGAAUUUCCGAUUGGACAUUUUAAAGCCUUAAGGCUGAUGCCGAGCCAAGAACCCACCAUCAGCCUUCACUUGCAGUACCUGCAGAUUUGGGUGAAUUCCUCCUUCUUGGGGUCCCCAAAAUAUUCUGAGCUUUUUGGGUGCCAUGAAGCGGCCUACCUUACUCACCGGCCAGGCUGGGAGCCCUGCAAGGGCGCCAGGCCCGGCUUCCAGGAGAGCUUUGUAAGUGCCAGCGCCUUGUGAGUCGAGCUCAGUCCCUUAAAACUAGUCACUUCCUAUUCAAUGCAUAUCUUCUCAGAAAUGACAUUCUAGUCAAAGCCCUGGUGACAGAGUCAGUGCUUCCGGUUGUGUCCUGCUACAAGGAGACUAAAGUCUUUUUGGACACACUUGAAUCACUGUAUUGCCGUACAAAUAAGAAUUUCCAAAUUUUGGAGGGAUCAGGCAAGGAGAAAAGAUAAAUGUUUUAUUUUUGUUUACAAAGAUAUACUCUACUAAAUUCUGUAAGUUAUAGAUAGCUUAAAAGAGUCAAAGGGGUUUCUUAAAUCUGGAAAACAAGAUUAAAGAACAGCAGUACUAAACUUAGGUUUAGUAAUUAAUGAUCCAGUAUCUUAUUUGGAAGUGGCCUGGACCCAGAUGCAGGUACUGCUUCACUUGAAAGUCAAACUGAAGGUAAAACUCUGGCUUUGGACCAUAGACUUUCACCUUGGGUCAUGAAACCUUGACAUCAUGGAGGGAAAAGUGGAAAACGUAAGGGGUACAACUUCCAUCAGACGCCAGCCCUUCCUCUAGUAGGCCGGCCGAGCAGCUGAGGAGAAGGCGUCACCAAAGAAUUGAAACAAUUAUUAGCUACAGAAUUUCUACUGUUUGCACACAUUCAGCCAUUUGGAAGAAGCAGUACCUACCGCUGUUUUCAUACACUUUACACAUCUGGUGUUGUUUCAUAAGGCCUUCGUUCAUCAUUAAAUUCAGCAAGUUACUGCCUGUUUUGAUUGGUAGCUAAUGUGGAAAAUGAUCACAGGAACAUUUCCUACUAGAAAACCCUAAAACCUAACUCAAGAAAUUCAAUUACAGGCAUGCACGUCACCUAAAAUCACCCCACUCCGGUUAGCUCAGCAGCUGGCAAUAUUACACCAUCAACCACAGGUCACCCUUUGCUUACAGGUCCUUUCAACCUCAUUAACAAAGCUGCUUCAUUGCUUUAAAGAGCACAAUGUUAACGCUUAAACAAGAUUUAGUCCUUGGUACCCUACUUUUGGACUAUAAGACGCACUCCCCAAAUUUGGAGUGAAAGGGGUGCAUUUAUAGUCUGUAGCUUACCUGGCUCACUGUGGGAGGGGGGACAGUGAAGCGGGGUCACAAGUUAUCAAAUAUUUUACCACAUUUUUUGCUUCAAAAAUUUUUUUCUAUUUUCCUCCUCUAAAACCUAGGUGCAUCUUAUGGUCCUAAAAUACGGUAAUUUAAAUAUUCACCAAAUUGUCAUAAGGUUCUGAAACAUGGUGAUGUUAGAUCUGCAGAUCAUAACUUUUGAGUUGCGUUUACAGAGGUAACAGGUUGCAGCAGGGUACAUGUAUUAAAGAAAUCUUUAAGCAUAUGUAUCCCUAUGAAUACUCAUUCUGAGGUGAUCUUCACCCAGAAGAUGACACAAAUGUUCUGUGAUACCAAAUGGCCGUAGAACAGGGGUAGGCAAACUGCAGCCCCCAGGCCAAACCCCAUCUGCAGCAGGUGGGCGGAGAGGUGAGAAGGAUUUCUACGAUCUGAGUGUUGACUGAACAUACAGAAGAACGAAGACUGCAAAGCCUCCACGGCUCACUCUCUGGUUCUGGGAGACCUUCAGCCAGUGAGCUGCACGGUGGGAAUCAGGCAGUGCCUCCCACGGCCCUUCUGUGGCAGUGCAGUGCGUGUUUGUCAGAAUGAAGUAUUUUAUACAUGUGAAGUCUCUCACUUUGUGGAAUGUAAUCAUAUGAUUUGUGUUUAAAUAGUUACACUAUAAAAUCAUUUCUUCGUAUCAGUUUUACUAGAUUGGCAACAGUCUGCUGCAAAGUGCCUAAACCUUUGAAAAAUUAUGUGAUUUUGUUUUUGUUACAAAGGGAAUUCCACUCCAUACCGCAAAGUCCAAAAAUGUUAGUCGCGUUCAUCUUUCGAGUUGACUUCCAGAAAGCUGAGUUCUUUAGACCAUUUUUCUCACGCCAUUUACAAUGUGCCACACAGUAGCUGCAAAGGAGCUAACAAGCUACGCCAUUGUCAUGUACACAUUUUUUUCAAAAGGAAAAGUUCAAAGUUUUUUCCACAAGUAGUUCGUGUUUCUUUUUGUAGAGCUAAAUUAAUGCUUAUUAAUACAUGAACCUAUUUUAAGAAAUAGCUAUUAUGAAUUUAUGUUUAAUGUACUGAUUGGGCAUUGUUCAUUGUCAAGCAUCAUCAUACUUGUAAUAUUUCUGAGUCAUUUAUCAAUGUGACCAGCAGAUAAACUGUUCAAGUUAA